AUGCUUCAUAGUGGUUAUGAAUAUUCAGCUGGUAAUUAUACAUUCAAAAUUAAAUGGUCAGCAUUAAGUGAUCAGCCACAUGAUUAUAGACUUGAAACGUGUGGUGACUGCAAAUGUGGCUGCACUCGUUGUAAGUGCUAUUACAAAAAAUUAUCGUGUACACUGUUUUGUAAAUGUGAUCGAGAUGUUUGUCUUAACCGAAACAUAUAUGGUUCGUCAUCUCAACAAUUAAGAAAAGAAGGUUUAAGCAAGUUGAAAUUAACAACAAGUACCGUUCAAGAAGAUAAUGAAUAUGAUGAAAUAUCGAUCGUCUCCCAAUGCAGCAACAUCAACAAUACAAAUGCUGCUGAAAUUGAGUUUGACACGGUUUCAAAUCAAUCAUACAUAGAUUCUCAGAUUGAAUAUGAAAAUGAUGAUGUAUUGCAGCCAGUCAAACGUCCUUCAUUCUCAAGUACAACACAUGAUCAUACAUACUGCUCCAAGAACGAUGUUGAAUUAGUAGCAUCCAAACGUCGAAGACUAUCAUCAACAUCUUCAAUUUGUACUGACAGUCAACUCAUGCUUGAAUCACCACGUGCACAUUCUUCUCCAAAAAGCGAUAGAACGAUAAAUACUGCUACAUCAUCAAGUUUUAGAACACCAUUAGCACCAACAACUUCAACACCUCGUCAAUAUGCUCAUUUUCGAAAAUUCUUUGGGAAGAGAAAGACUCAUAGUCAACCUAAUAUAACAUGUGUUUUUUUUUCUUAUAUAAUUUAUCUCUAUUUGUCGUCAAUCCAAUGUUUUUCAUUUUAA